AUGGGUAUUACGUCUCUCUCUGCCGAUGGGGCCGCCUCUGGCGUCAACCCAGCCCCCAUUGUUCCCGGUCUCCAAGUUCCCGGAGCUCCCCUCGCUUCACAGAACCCGUACGGUAUCGACCAGUCUUGUCACAAGAUGUGGUCCAUUGUCGAAGCUUGCCAAGAAAAGCAUGAGGAGUCUCGUCUUCGUGUCAACAGAGAUUGCUUGUGUGAUAGAGAUAUCAUCAGCAGCUGGAUUACAUGCCAUAAAUGCUGGGAUCGAGUCACCUAUCAUUCCAACGGCAAACGCGACCUACCUUCUUCCACUUACCUCAUUGACGAGGUCACUCUUUCUCUUGUUCAAAGUCUUUGCGACCGAACUACAUUGGCCUCGGUAGCUCCCGAUGGAGAUGAUUUCGAUGUGGAGGUAUCUGCCGAUGAAGAUGACCUCGAUGUGAAGGUAUCACUCGAUUGGGACCUAUUCGAAGAGGACACUAAUAAAAAGGAGUGUAACGAAGAUUCCGACGAUGAGGAGUCAGAUGAUGAGGAAUCUGACGAAGAAGAGUCCGACGAUGAUGAUUCUGAUGAAGAGGAGUUUGACGAAGAGGAGUCUGUAGAGGUUGAGUUCAAGGAUGAGGAUUUCGAUGAUGAAGAGUUUAAGGAGUUGGAUCCCAUUGAAGGAUCUGAUGAGAAAGACAUCAACAAAGAAGAGUCUGAGGAAGAUGACAGUGAGGACGACGACAAUGAAGAGGACGCAAACGAAGAAAAAAUUGAUGAAGAUGUCAAUGAAGAAGAGUCCGAUGAGGACCAGCUCUCAGCAGCGAUCGGUGCAGACGGUGUCUUCGGCUCACAUGACUGCGUAACUCAGGGGAAGCAACCCAUGUCCGAGAAUUUCGACCUUGCUUCUGACAAUUCAAUCGGCGCAAGUCUUAGUCAUUCCAAAGACGAAGCACUCAUCAUGAACGCAGUAGGGAAACAAUUGGGCGGAUUCACCAAAACUGGGAAAACUCCAGGCGCCCGCAUCGCUCAUGGCCACGAAUCCAAAGCGAAGAGCAACGCCAAUACACGUGUUGCAAGUGUCGGUCUAGUUAUAUUGGGAUUGUUCGCGGCUUGGGCUUUGUAA